AAGAAACAGAGACGGUAAUGAGCUAAAAUCAAAGCGAGAAUUGAAAGUAAAGAGGAAAGGAGUCGAUAACACCAGAAAAGAAAUCGGAAUCAUUGCGAAAAAUCCGGCAAGAGCUUACACGUGUAAUUGAGAACCGAAGCCCAACAAUUGUCGGAAAUUAAAUUAAAAAUGCUUUCGUUUUGGAGUCGAAUUUUCCACAACUGCGAAAAGGAGUUGCAGCAGAAACGCGAUCUGCUUGCUUUAGAGCAUGAUUUCCUAGACCAAGAGCACGUCACUGAGAACAGUGAGAGAAAAACCGAAGAGACGAAUCGCAAUGAAAACGGGAAAAGCAAAGAAUCUUCCACUACGUGCUCGUCUCGCAAGGGCAUCAUCACACAUUUAACUGAUCAAACUGGCAUUAUAGACAACAUUUUAAAUUUUCAAAAGCAUAUUGCAGCAGAGCUCUUCGAGGAGCUGAAUGUGGGGUGUGUGAUUGAAUAUUUAGUGUAUGAGCAGGAGCACGGUGAGAACAAGGUAAUCAAAAUACAAAAGAUUGUCGAGCACUCGUGGGAGAAGACAACGGAGGACAAGGUUAAGGAUGUGUUGGAAACCUUAAAGCUGGAUAAUCCAACCUAUUUCAAUAUGCAACUGCGAAACAUUUUGGGCUUCAUUACGCAGCGCCAGCCCUCGUCAAUUGUGGUGGAUACGGAUUAUGGCGAAUUGACUGUUCAGUUGGACAGCAUUGAAUCGACUUUCUUACCCAGAACGGGUGAUGAGAUUACGCUGGAGUGCCAAGUGCAGCUGGACGAGGGCUAUGUGGAUCAACAGGGCGAAAUACUGGAGGUGAAGAAGAUGUUUCCCACACGCAUCGAACCGAAGCAGCAGUGCACCGUCGAGCGGGUCUUCGAGGAGUUCACAGUGCUCUCAUCGCAGGCCUAUGUACUCAAGGAAGAUGUGCCAAUAGGACUUCAAUUGCAUCUGGGCGACAUUGUCCAAGCAGAUCUGAUCGAGUGCAAAUAUGCGAAAUUUUCUCGACGCGCCAUUAAAGUGGUUCAGCUGGAGAAGAACUUUGGCCAGAUAACGAAAAAUCAGAUAAGCACCUCGUGCAGCAACAAACGAGCCGUUGCCGUCGAGGGCGUGGAACGCUUCAUCUAUACGGAACAGUGGAAGAAGCACCGUGUGACACUUCGCAUCAGAAAUGUAGGCAAGCGGGACUUCGAGCUGCGCUACAUUAAAAUACCAAAUUCGUCGGAUGCACAGAUCACUGUUGUGGAGCCUGUUAGUUCGCGCACCAUAAAAAUGGGCCACCAAAUUUCGCUGAUCUUCGAGGUGCACACCAAGUUCAUUGGCGAAUCAAAGGAGUUCUACUGCUUGCAGUUCGAUACGUUUAAGUUGACUCGCUUUCUGACCGUCAUCGUCUGCGAAACGAAGGAGCAGGCCAUCGAGGCGAACCGUCGUCUGAUUGCCUCCCAGCAGCUGGUGGUUACCGGACGCAAUGUAAGGCAGCGAUCCCGCUUCUAUGCCUAUCAGGUCUAUUCCAAUAAAUCUCCAUUGGUGCCGGGCGAAUCGAUAGCCACCAAGCGCCGCUUUGUGCCGGUGCAUCUGUUAAGCUAUGAUGUGCCGGACAAACUGUGCACCAUAGUGCUUAAGACGGAGGUGGUUCAGGAUGUGUGGGAUCUCUUGGGCGUUGAGUAUCCGUUUUUAAAUGAGAACUUUACCUUUACCAACUAUGCACAGCGCUUUUCAACUUUGCUGCACCUAGAGGAGAUUGACUACAGCAUUAGCUUUCGGAACUAUGACCGCGAGCGAGCUCACUUCAUUCGCGAAGGUGAAUAUCUCUCGCUAUAUAUAGAGAAUCUUGCCGAACGUCGUCCGUCGCUGGUACUGGGCGACACGGUAAAUGCGAUCAAUCCCUGGUUGGAGCCGGACAGUAAGGAUAACAAGUUGUUCCAGGGCGUCGUGCACAAGGUUCUCUUCAAUAGAGUGCAUCUAAAGUUUCAUGCCAACUUUCAGCAGAAAUACAAUGGCGAGGAUUAUCGUCUAGAGUUCCACUUCUCACGCUUCUCCUUUCGGAAACAGCAUCAUGCUGUAUCCCACAUUUGCGACAAAAUGGGCGAAAACUUUCUGUUUCCUAGCAAGAUUAACAAACGCGACCAAAUUCAACUGGACAUCACGCUCAAGGAUGAUGAAAUGUAUCUAUAUAAUCAGAAGCUAAACUGGUUUAACACCUCGCUCAACCACAUCCAAAAGCGGGCUGUUUACAAUGUGCUGAGGGGCGAGACGCAUCAAAUGGCUUAUGUCAUCUUUGGACCACCAGGCACGGGUAAAACUGUAACCCUAGUGGAGACCAUCUUGCAGCUGGUGCGCAAUGUGCCCGGCGCGCGUCUCCUUGUGGGCACACCAUCUAACAGCUCUGCUGACCUAAUCACCAAACGCAUUAUCGACAGCAAAGCCUUAAAUCAUGGCGACUUUGUGCGCCUCGUCUCGCAAAAUCAGGUGGAGAAGGAUCUUGUGUCGCCAGAUCUAGCGCCCUACUGCGCUACAGUCGACAUAGGCAGCAUAGACGCCACGCACGAUAGCAUGAUUGUUACGGACGCUGGAUUGAAGCUGCGCUGCCAGGCCAAGUUUCUGGGCAAGCAUCGGAUUACUAUCAGUACUUGCACUACCCUUGGCAACUUCAUCCAAAUGGAAUUUGAUCCGGACCACUUUACACACGUCCUGAUCGAUGAGGCGGGACAAUGCACAGAGCCCGAAACAAUGGUGCCAAUUGUCCUUCUAGCCAAGGAGCGCAGUCAGGUAAUCCUGGCCGGGGACCCUUACCAGCUGCAAGCUAUUGUGACCAGUCGCUAUUCGAGCGAAAUGGGUCUGAAUGUCUCUUUUCUGGAGCGGCUGCUCCAGACUCCGCCGUAUCGCAGGGACCUGCAACGCUUUCCCCACAGUUCCGGCUACAACCCAUGUGUGCUGACCAAGCUGCUGUACAACUAUCGCGCACUGCCCUCCAUCAUGUCGGUGUAUAGUAAACUCUUCUAUGACAACGAGCUUGUCUCCAUGGUCUCCGAGAAGGAUUCUCGUGAGGCGCAUACCCUAGCCAAACUGCAGACAAUCUUUGAGCCCCAUUUGGACAUGCCGCGCACUCAUGGCACUUUCUUUCACGGCAUACUGGGCGAAAAUAUGCAGGAUAUGGAUUCGCCCUCCUGGUUUAAUCCAGCAGAAGCUCGCGAGGUCUUUCUACUGACCAUCACGUUGUAUCGUCACAAUGUGCAUCCCGAUAAUAUUGGCAUUUUGACACCUUAUGCCAAACAGGUGAAAACUCUGCGCUCCAUGUUCAUUGCUGCCGACGUGAACAUGCCCAAGAUUGGCUCAGUGGAGGAAUUUCAGGGUCAGGAGCGCGACAUCAUGCUUAUUUCCACGGUGCGUUCCUCUGAGUGCAAUCUCAGAUCUGAUGCGCGCUAUAAUUUGGGCUUUGUACGUUGCAACAAGCGUAUGAAUGUUGCCAUCUCUCGUGCCCGUUGUAUGCUGGUCAUCUUUGGUAAUCCUCUCCUGCUCUCUGUCGACGAUUGCUGGCGCCAUUUGCUUCUGUUCUGUGCGAACAACAAUGCUUACUUUGGCUGUGAAAUGCCAGAGUCGAUUUGUCAACAGGGCGAGGAAUCGGACGAUGGAAAUAAUUCUGAUUGCUCCGAUUGCUCUGAUUUGGUGCCUUAAGGACAAUGGACCAUGUCUACUAAAAAGUUCCUGAUCCUGCUAGAUUUAUCCAAAGUCUCGAAUAUUUAAAGACAAAACUAACUUGAAUAACUGACGAAAUUUUUUACUUUUUUUAUUCUUACGUGCAUAGAUAUGUAAGCAUUCCACAUUGACUUAACAAUUUACCUAGAAUUACUGAAGUUGAGCUUCCAAAGAAAUUUGUACUUUUUCAAAACCAAUAAAGUUUGCUUUAUUUUUUGGA